AUGAGCAAACGAGACACUCUUGGUAAUUCUAAUGAAUUCAAUACUGACAAUAAUCAAACUAAAUCGAUUUAUGCUCACAAUUCAGAGAAACGCCAAAUAGAACAGAAGAGAAGAAGAGUCACUAGAGCUUGCGAUAAUUGCAGACAGAAGAAAGUUAAGUGUGAUGGUAAGCAACCAUGUAUCCAUUGCACAGUUUAUUCAUAUAACUGUGCCUAUGAUCAACCCAAUAUAAGGAAUAAGAAGAAUAGCGGCAUCCCAAUUCCAUCAGGAAACUCGAGUAUAAUAAACAGUUACAAAGUGCCGUUUAGUCAGUCAAAAGAAAUAUCAACCACAUCGCCUGUAAAUAGCAAUUUAGUUCUUGGCCAGAAUAUCCUAAAUUUGUUAUUUCCAAAGCUUAAGUUAAACCUUCUUGACGAAAAACAAAUACAUUUUGACUAUGAAAAAUUUCAAAAGGUCUAUCAAUAUGUACAGUAUAAGGGCAACGGACAGGUUAAUUUGAAUGAGGUAAUGGAUUUAUAUCUGGAUGGACCUACCCCAUCUUCAUCACCAUCUACAUUAGAUCGCCAACCUUCGGUUUCGUCCGUGGAGGAGAAUUCAGAUGGACGAGAAUUUAAACUUAUGUUACCCUCAAAGGACACAGCACUACAAUUGAUUUUCACAUGCUGGAAUAAGGCUUGUGUUUUGUUCCGGUUUUACCAUAGACCAUCACUUUUAAAAGAAGUUGAGUUAUUAUAUGGCCUAGAUCCAGUGAACUUUACUGAUCGUCAACAAAAGUUUUUACCCUUCUUGUACUCAAUUUUAGCUGUUGGGCUGCUUUUCUCCAGGCUGUUUAACGAGUCAUCUCCUAAUAAUAAUACUCUAGAAGAUGAUGGAUUCAAGUACUUUUUGGAAGCCAGAAAAUUGAUAGAUAUAACCGAUGUUGGUGAUAUUAUUUCAAUUCAAACCAUUGUUAUGAUGAUUAUGUAUCUCCAAUGUUCAGCAAGACUAUCAACAUGUUAUUCUUAUAUAGGUAUUGCCUUGAGGAGUGCUAUAAAAGAAGGGUUACAUCGUAAUUUAUCAAUUUUUCAAAAUUCUAAGAGAGAAUUGGAUCCAAUUGAAGUCGAUACAAGGAAAAGAUUAUUCUACACUAUUUAUAAAAUGGAUAUUUACAUUAAUUCUUUAUUAGGUUUACCUAGAUCGCUUUCUGAAGAUGAAUUUGACCAGGAAUUACCAGAAGAAUUAGAUGAUGAAAACAUCACUCAUGAAAUGUACAAUUAUGAUAAACAGCAAGGAAAAUUAUCAUCUUCCGGAUGUGCAAAUCACCAUACGAAAGUAAUGAUGAUACUUUCCCACAUUGUUAGAGAUCUUUAUCCAAUAAAGAUUAAAAAACAGUCGUCAGACAACAACCCGUCUCCGAAUCACAUCCACUCGAAGGUUACCAAUUUAGAACAAGAACUCAAAGUUUGGCUAGAUCAAUUACCAAAGGAAUUGAGACCUACGGAUCCGCAUGAUGUGGACUCUGGUAAGGGUAUACCAGACAGGUUUAUUUUAGCAAAUUUUUACCUACAUUUAGCAUUUUUGAAUUGUCAAAUCAUGUUGUAUCGUCCUUUCAUUCAUUUCAUCAGCAAUGGUACUCAUUAUCAAGCUGCUGAUCCAAGGUCACUUAUACGUGGUAGAAAUUGUAUAAAAGUUGCAAGAAUGGUGGUCAAAUUGGCUAACAAGAUGAUUGAUAAGAAUUUAUUAGUGGGAACAUAUUGGUUUUCAAUGUACACUAUAUUCUUUUCAAUUGCUUGCCUAAUAUAUUAUUUCCACUAUGCUCAUGAUAAUAACUUGAAUCAGUCUGGAGUUAAUUAUGCAGGCAUUUUAUUUGAUGAUGACUUAAACAUUGAUAUGAUUAAACAUGAUAUUGAGAUUGGUAGAAAAGUCUUGGAUUGCUUGAAGAAUAAUUCCAACUCAUCCAUGAGAAUUUACAAUAUCUUGAACAAUUUAUUUGAACAGCUUAAUAGAAGAACAGCCAUGAAGGGAAAGAACGAUUCUGUGUCUGUACAACCGCCAUCCAUCGUCGAUAGCACCAACCAGGAACCCCCAAAUGUUUCUUUGAACUUUGACAGUAUCAACAAUUUUGCUAGUAUGAAUAAUUUUGAGUAUCCAUUAUCGAAUAAAAUAAAGGAGGAGUCAAUUUCGAGCGACUUUAGAACAGCCUCCCAACAGAAAAAACAGCAACAAGCAGCAAAACAGGCGACGUCACAACCACCCGUUGAUAGUAAGAAAUCUAUUGACCUGUUAUUUAAUAAUGACUAUACUGAUACGUAUGAUAUUCAAUCCCAAACCAGUGCCAUUCCUACAGCAUAUCUGGAUCAAUCGAAUCCUAUUCAAAAUUUUGCAUCAAAUACACCUUCAACUUCGCAGAGGUCUAGUAAUCAACAAAGCGGUGAAUACUUGCCUGGGGUAAUUGACCAGCUUGAUGCACAAAUCUUUGGUAGAAUUUUACCGCCAUAUAUGUUGGAAAAGAAUGCUAAACAAGUAAAUACCAACACCUCCAAUAAUGACUUCAAUCUUGAAAAUGUGGACAAUUUUGAACCGCAAAUGAACGUUGAUAACUUUGAUUUUUCAAUUCUUGGUAAUUCAAAUCUGAUGGAUUAUUUGGAUCCAUUUAACCAUAUGAAUUAA